AUAACAAAUAUAAGUACGCAAUUUCCUACGUAUACAUCUCUGAAUAUUUAAGUUUAAAAUAGAUUCAAAUACUUUAUUUUACAUGUGAUUAUGCUACAAAAUAAAUUGGUUUUCAUCUAGCACCGAUUUGUUUAACACGCAUGGUAAUUCUGAAGAUAGUGUUAUAAUUGUCUCUUUGCAACAAUGGCAAUGGCAGCUGAAAAGUCAACUUGUAGCAGACUACUAGUUGCAGCUAUAGACUUUGGAACCACUUACAGUGGAUAUGCUUUCUCGUUCCGUGACAAGCCAAACGAUAUACACACCAACCCAAACUGGGUAGCUGGUUCUGAGAAACUCGUGUCAUUGAAAUGUCCCUCUACCGUUCUGCUUAAACCCAACAAGACAUUUCAUUCUUUUGGAUUUGAGGCUGAAAAUAAGUAUAGUGAUUUGGCCGAGGAUGACGAACACCAUGGCUGGUACCUUUUCCGACGAUUCAAACUGACACUUUAUGAAACAACAAAUUUGAAACUGGACACUCCCAUAGAAGACAUUUCAGGAAAGAAUAUGCCAGCUUUUGAUAUAUUUGCUCAUUCAAUUUCAUUUCUAAAGAAUCAUCUUUGGAAAACGUUGCAGUCAAGGGUAUGUGGAAUCCUUGAAACUGACAUUCAGUAUGUGAUUACAGUUCCGGCCAUUUGGGAUCCAAGGGCAAAACAGUUCAUGAGAAGGGCAGCUUAUAAGGCUGGAAUUCCAAACGAGCAAAUAUCAUUUGCGCUUGAACCUGAAGCAGCGUCACUUUGGUGUCAGGUUGAAACAGAUGACAAGCUCAGUAGUCUCUCAGAGCCAUUAACUAAAUAUAUGGUCGUAGACUUAGGAGGAGGAACAGCUGAUAUAACAGUACAUCAGAAAAUGGACGAUGGAAGUUUGAAAGAGAUUCAAAAAGCAAGUGGAGGAGCAUGGGGUGGAAAUGAAGUUGAUAAGAGCUACUUACAAUUGCUUGAAAAUAUAGUGCAGGCGGAGGCAAUGGACAAAUUUAAGCGAGAGGAAAUGACUGACUAUUUUGACCUUCUUAGAGAGUUUGAGACAAAGAAAAGAUCGAUAACGAGAGAUAAUGAAGGGAAAAUAACAUUCAAACUUCCCCAAUCCCUGUGCAAACUCGCCGAAUUAGAUGGGGUAAAAAUGGCUACAAAAAUAGAAAGGUUACACGAUAAGUCAAAAUACAGGUGGACUGGAGAUAAAUUGAGAAUUGAAAAGGUUGCCGCAAAAACUUUAUUUGCUCCUCCGCUAGAAAUGCUUAUUAACCAUGUUAAAAAGAUGUUUGAACAACCAGAAAUACAAAAUAUUGAUGCUAUACUUCUUGUUGGCGGAUUUAGCGAGUGUGAUCUCGUGACAGAAGCAUUCGAACAAAGUUUUCCUGACAAAAGGCUCCUAAUUCCAAAGGAAGCCGGUCUGGCUGUACUUAAAGGAGCCGUUCGCUUCGGUCAUCAUUUGGAUGCAAUUAAGACGAGAAUUUCAAGGUUCACUAUUGGAAGAGAAAUAUGGCCUGAGUUUGAAAAACAUCACAACCCAGCCAAAAAAAUCAAAGUGGAUGAAAAAGAGCGUUGUAAAGAUAUUGUCAAGCAAAUGAUUAAAAUUGGUGAUGAAAUUCCCGUAAAUAUGACACAUGAAGAGCGAUUAAUGCCAGUUUCUGCAAAUCAAAAAGCAUCAGCUAUUAAAUUAUAUAGUUCUACAAGUCGUAAUGUUACUUAUACAACAGAGUUGGGAUGUCAAGAAUUGGGAAUGUUAGCAAUUGAUUUACCGCAGUCAAGGAGCAUUUCCGACAAAAAAAUUACAAGUUAUUAUUAUUUUGGUGACACUGAAAUACACGUCCGUGUGAAGAUAGCAAAAACAAAUGAAGAGUUUGAAAAAUGGAUUGACUGCUUCUAGAAAUAAUUUUUAUUAUUACCCUUCGUCCACAGAGAACAUGUACAAGUCGAUUGAUUAAUUGAUACAUAUUAACAUUGAUUAUAAAAUUAUUUGGUCUAAAAAUGAGAGAAAUACAAUAUCUAAAGAAAGUGCUGGAAAGUGCAAGUUAACAUCAACGCCCCUUCAUUUAACAUGAACUGGAAAGUAUUUGAAUUCAGAAACGUCCGCAGAUUAAACCUAAAAAAGUUGAACUCUUGUUUGGAUCAAGAAUCAUUAGACAUUGCAUAUCAAAGCUCUUUAUUGAUCGUAGUUAAAAAUAUUUAGUUAAAAAUAAAUUGUGAUAAUGUAUCAGACUGUAUUUAUUGACAUUUGUGAUUGUACUUGUUAAUGAAAUAUGACUUAUUUAUUCAACAAUAUCAUCUUUUAUACCUUAUCUUAUAUUUCAUGAGAUGAA